AAGUAAAGUACCCCACGGUAAAGAAAAAGUCCCGCCGUCUUGUUCAGUUAACUUCACUUCGGUCAAGCCUUUUACAUUUCUAGUUUUGCCAACAUGGUUCACGCAGCGCUUGCACCUGCCCAGAACAGUGUCCAGAAGCUGGAAGAAGUUCAACAUCAGCCGCUACAUGAUGUGCGUACGCCUUUUGAAACAGCAACCUUCGGCAUGGGUUGUUUCUGGGGAUGUGAUUCCCUGUUUGGUGCCACGAAAGGCGUCCUGAGAACUCGUGUCGGCUACGCUGGCGGUACAACCGAUGAUCCAAAGUACAAAUCAUUGGGUGACCAUACGGAAGUGAUUGCAAUCGAUUACGAUCCGAAAAAAAUUACGUACAUGGAUCUAUUGAAGUUGUUCUGGAAUAACCACGAAUACGGAAUCACCCGACGUAUGAAGAGGCAGUAUACCAGUUUAAUCUUGUACCACAAUGAGGAACAGCGCGAAAUCGCCGAAGCAAGCCUGGCGCAUGAGCAAGUUCAGCGAGCUCCGGAGAAGAUCAUCACAGAAGUUUUGCAGGCUGGACCGUUUUAUCCGGCUGAAAACUACCAUCAAAAGUACCGGUUGCAGGGUCACGCCGACCUGGCCAAAUCGAUUGGGCUGACCUCGGACCUACUACUAACAUCACAUGUGGCCGCGCGUUUAAAUGGAUACCUUAUCGGCGUUGGGGGACUAGAGCAAUUCGAGUCGGAGGCUGGUCUACUAGGUCUGAGUAAAGAGCACGUGCAAUACGUACGCGAAUACGUGAUCCAGAACGAGGGUGGUGGCAUUUUUUGCUGAUGCAUUUGGGUUGGCGGUCGGUCGUCUGAAUGUUUACUACCGGAGGCGGGAUCCUGAUGUUGACUCUAUGAAGUACAAACACCAUUCUUCGGGAAGCCAUCGAUAGAGUGCAAGAUUGAUAAUGUUUUCAUAAAAUGUUGUGAUUUAAAUGUUGAUACGCAAAAUAAGAAUGCUUAAGUUUGUACGUCUCUAAUAUUGAGACUAUUGGUGAUAGAUUAUAGUAAUUGUUGUCAAGUAGUAAUAAAUUGAGCUAACAAUGUACCGCUUUUCUUUAUCUUUUUUGCUAAACAAUUAUA